AGCAGCGGCAGCAACAACAGAAGCAGCGGCAGCAACAACAGAAGCAGCAGCAGCAACAACAGAAGCAACGGCAGUAUUGUAAUUUGUAUGCAAAAGGAGUGGAUGUGUUUGGUCGAGUGAGUGAGUGCCCUUCCAGUCGUGGACCAAUCAAACAAGGAUGAGCCAAAUGCCCGCAGACCCAAAACGCUAGGUGAGGGGCCUGCCGUGCCCCUGGAUAUUCCCUCUCGCAAGGCAAAGCAAUAACAGGGUCCAAAAAAGAGUGGCUUCGCAUCCCUUUGUCUAGACGCGACACUGCGGCUUCACAACACGACCGAGGACGAACACGAACACGGACACGAACAGGAACAGGAACACUAGCGACUCAGGAACAUGUCUUCGUCAACAGUACCACCGCAUCUAUUGCAGCGCAAGGAGGAGAAGAAACAGGAACUGGAGCACCUCCUCGUGUUGAGACAACUCGCUAGUCAUCUGCGGACACACUUUGAUGAGCUGUCUGAGAAGUUCGAUGGACUUGUUCAGGGCAACCAGGCCUCAUCGAAUGUCCUCAAGAACUGGGCCGAUGUGUUUCGAACGAUUGACCUGACGGAGAAUUAUGCAGCGCAAGCAGAGCAUCAAGAUCAAGAGCGAUCCUCACUCGUCAGGAUACCAACGAUAUGAGGUGCAAGUCCAAACAUUUAAUGGAGCGAGAUCCUAUCUAUGCACACAACACACACAUCCUGUAUUCGUAAUGAAAUAUACCCUAUUUUGAUGCAUUCAAGGAAA